AUGGACAAUAUUAGGCAAACACUUGGUAGUUUAGCAAUGGUAACAUUACUCUUUGUUGUUAUUAUUUUCAUUUACAAUUGGCCCUUCUCACCUCUUUCCUCGUCCCAGUUACUUCUAUUCCACAAUGAACCACUCUGCCAUCACCAAUCAAACAAGAAUACCAAUAUUAAUGAAGUAUAUGGAGAUAGUCUUGAAACAGCUUUGGGCAAAGCUUCAAUGGGAAACAACAAAACGUUGAUAAUUGCUAUAAUAAACAAGGCUUACGUAGAACAAGAUGUUAAUGGUGAUGCCACCACCAUGUUUGAUCUAUUUUUAAGUAGCUUUUGGCUUGGAGAAGGAACAAAGUCUUUGGUUGAUAAUCUUCUUAUUGUAGCUGUUGAUCAAACGGCCUAUGAUCGAUGCAUGUUUUUGAGGUUGAAUUGUUUUAGAUUGGAAACUGAUGGAGUUGAUUUUGAAGGUGAAAAACUCUACAUGUCUCAAGAUUUUAUCACGAUGAUGUGGAAAAGAACAUAUUUUCUUUUGCAAGUUCUAAAACGCGGUUACAACUUCAUUUUUACGGACAUUGAUGUAAUGUGGUUAAGAAAUCCAUUUAAAAAGUUGAGCAUGAAAAGAGAUGAAGACCUCCAAAUUAGCACAGACGACUAUCAUGGUGAUCCUUGGUCAGAAAAUAAUAUAAAUACUGGAUUUUACUUUGUGAGAUCGAACAACAAGACCAUAUCUUUAUUUGAAACAUGGUACAAAAACAAAGACAAUUCUACAGGAAAAAAGGAGCAAGAUGUUCUUCGAGACCUAAUUGGAGGCGGUAUAUUUAAACAUUUGAAACUUAAGGUGGCUGAUUUAAAGACAACCCUUCGUGAUUGGAAGCAAUUUAAGAAGUUAGAGGUUAAUUCUACCACAAAUAUGCAUUGGUCAAGUCAUGAGAGAUGUUCCCAAUCUUGGGCAUGA